UGGAUGGUGGCUACGCCCUCCACGUCUACAGCGGACGCGGUCUUCAUAAGCUCACACUCGGUGUUCCUUUCUUUCUCUCAUCUUCCUCAGUUUCACGACCCUCCUUGACUUCUGUUGCUGGAAUUUGGUGAAGGAAUUGCUAUAAUGAAGUUCUCGUUUACGCUGUUCGCAGCGGUCGUCUCAUUAGGCGGGGCUUUAGCUUCGAAUGUGAUCGAGCUUAACCCGGACAACUUCGACACUAUCAUUGGGCAGGGCAAGCCCGCUCUGGUGGAGUUCUUCGCGCCUUGGUGCGGUCACUGCAAGAAUCUUGCUCCUGUAUACGAACAACUCGCCGACGCUUUUUCGCAUGCAAAAUCAAAGGUUGUCAUCGCGAAAGUCGAUGCCGACGGAGCAGGUAAACCGUUGGGUCAGAAGUACGGCGUUACUGGAUUCCCUACUCUGAAGUGGUUCAACGCCGAAGGGGGUGAACCUGAGAAAUACGAGGGAGGCCGUGAGCUUGAGACCCUUGCUAACUUUAUCACACAAAAGUCUGGUGUUAAGUCCAAUAUCAAGCCCCCACCCCCGCCUGCUUUCACGAUCCUCGAUACUCACACUUUCGAUGAAGUCGCACUUGAUAAGGACAAAGACGUUUUGGUCACCUUCACCGCCCCUUGGUGUGGUCACUGCAAGCGUCUCAAGCCCAUCUACGAGGAAGUCGCCAAGGAUUUCGCUGCUGAAUCCAACUGUGUUGUCGCAAAUGUCGAUGCUGAUGCCGCUCCUAACCGACCGCUCGCCACGAAGUACGGGAUCCAGAGCUUCCCCACCAUCAAGUUCUUCCCCAAGGGCAAUAAGGACGAACCCCUAGAUUACGAUGGCGAGCGAACUGAAGCCGCCUUCGUCGAAUUCCUUAACGAAAAGUGUGGUACUCAACGUGCAGCCGGCGGAGGCCUUUCUGGCCAAGCCGGACGCUUGCCUGAAUUCGAUUCGCUCGCGAGUAAAUUCUUCGAUGCUACUGGCGAGGCGAGACAAUUGAUUCUCAAGGAUGCUGAGAGUCUUGCAAGCACUGUUGGUCCAGUCGCCAAGCACUACGUGAAAGUUAUGGAGAAAGUCGUUAACGGCAGUGAGGCGUAUAUCGAGAAGGAAACCAAACGAUUGGCCAGCAUCCUUCAGAAACGCACUCUCGCUCCUCAGAAACUUGAUGAGAUCAAGAUCAAGGCUAACAUCCUCAGCGCGUUCAAGCGUGCAGAGGAGGCUAUCGAGGACGCUGAGAAAAAAGUCGAGGAGGCUAUUGGAAGGGCAACCGCUGAGUUGUAAACUUUAUCGUAGUACGGUUGGAUAGUCUGUAUUUAUAUCAUUUGCUCUGACUGAUUUCAUUGGACUGUUUUCUCCUUCAGUAAUCUGAGAUGUCAACAUCAUACAUGUUGUACAACUCAUCUUUUAUGCCGAUCCUAUAGAAAGCCGAGUGACAAGCUCAGUUGAUGUGUAUCCUAUGCUUGGAUAAUAGAAAGGCACUGGUCUUACGGGGCACCGGUGGUUGAAACAGUGGUAUGGAUGUUCAAUUCCCGGUGUGUCCACCAUGUUUGUAGCGAGGAGAUGCGGAGAGGGCAGUUGUUGGAGCCAGUUGGUGGCUAGUGAGAUAUGUGAGGGAAGAACGCGACUUUUUUGCCAAACGAUAGUUGCGCGAGACCACUACCGCACAAUUGACAUACUUAAUCCGAGGUGUCAGGUUGCGCCAUAUCUUCAACAUUAUCGACCCCGAACCCGUUUUGUUCAAUACAUAUCAUUCAGCUUCAAGAUCUAAAUGACGGCACACCCUGCUGUCCUCCCUAGGAGCCCACUCUGAAAUACAUGAAGACAGGAGGCUUACUGUAACAAUGUGAUGAAAAAUCAGCCCGGUGAAGUCUUCUAGGAAACGAAGUUCAACGGUAGGCGAUAAAGUGGCCAAUAACGGAGUUUUCUGUCAGUAAAGCUAUGUUACAUAGACGCACCGGCAUUCUAACUCAGGCGAGCAGCGCCUAGACGUGAUGUUUUCUCCACCAUCAAGCUUCGCAGAGCGUCCCAGUUAGAUUAAUUGUAUCGGACAUCUCCAGAAGCCACCCUCCGUGAUGUUGCUUAUCGAAAAGAGGUUAGGACAUGCUAUUGCGAGCGAACAAUGCUUUGUAGCAUAUUGCAAAGUGUGAUAGAACGAGAAUGUGGGGAUCCAGAUCAUGAUCAGUGAGUAUCAGUCGUCAGUAGAGAUGAAAUUAGAAUGUGUGCUAUCUAGAACGGGUCGAGUACUCACGACAUUGACUCGGUCAUCCCUAACUGACACGCUCAAAUAGUCAACCACUGACCAGGCCCAGGCGUCGGUCCGCAUUGCACAUAUUGGCAUGCAAGGUUCCAGCCAGAACGGUCAAAUGAAUGGAUAGGAACUGGCCAUAUGGUAUCAGUAAAAUGGGGUAUGUCCUGACCGACGGACCGGUUAGUUCAAACACAGCAGAUGAUUCAGCCAAAGGUUUAUACAAGUACCGAGUAGGGGACGUCUAAAUGCUCAUGUAAGUUAGAACUUUCAAUCCGUUGAAUGUG